CACAGAGACAUGCUAACUUUUCGAGCUUCCCCUUGAAGCAAAGCCUUCAUUUUCUCUCAAAUUUUCCCUCUCUCUCUCUCUUUCUAAUUCUCCUCCGAUUCGGAUUAGGGCAAAAGAUUCAUCGUCUUCCAUGGGGCAACAAUCUUUGAUCUACAGCUUCGUUGCUCGUGGAACUGUUAUUCUCGCAGAAUAUACAGAAUUCACCGGCAAUUUCACCAGUAUAGCCUCCCAGUGCCUCCAGAAGCUUCCCGCCACCAACAACAAGUUCACUUACAAUUGCGAUGGCCACACCUUCAACUAUCUCGUCGACAAUGGAUUCACUUACUGUGUGGUUGCAGUUGAAGCUGCUGGCCGACAGAUCCCUAUUGCAUUCCUUGAACGAGUUAAUGAGGACUUUGUGAAGAGAUAUGGAGGUGGAAAGGCCAUGACAGCAACUGCCAACAGCCUGAACAAAGAAUUUGGGUCUAAACUGAAGGAGCAUAUGAAGUAUUGUGUGGAGCACCCAGAGGAGAUCAGUAAGCUUGCCAAAGUGAAAGCACAGGUUUCUGAAGUCAAAGGAGUAAUGAUGGAAAACAUUGAAAAGGUUCUUGAUCGUGGAGAGAAGAUUGAGCUUCUAGUGGAUAAGACAGAAAACCUUCGAUCUCAGGCACAAGAUUUUAGGCAGCAAGGAACCAAAAUGAGGAGAAAGAUGUGGUAUCAGAACAUGAAGAUAAAGUUGAUAGUUCUUGCAAUCGUACUCGCGUUGAUUCUGAUUAUCAUUUUGUCUGUCUGCGGCGGCUUCAAAUGUUGAUGGAUUCUUCUCCUUGCAGCAGCAUUAGGAUUUUGGUGAUGGGAUCGGUCUUACUCGGACAGUUUUAUACAUGCUUGUUUAUUGUACAAAUCUUUCAGUUCCAAGUUCCACUUACCCAUACGUUUACCUAAGGACCCUGCUUUGUAUAGAUUGUGCGGUUAUAUUCUUUUGACAUGCUUUGUAUGGAAAUAUAUCAUCAUUCGUUUGCUAAACAAUACACACGCUUGGUUAAUCAAUAACGCAUGGAUUAUGCAUAUUUGGUUUUUGGUCCA